CCAAAUCUGAAUUUCUGUUACUUAGCGAUGAUGCCUUAUUGAAUUUAACUUCACAUUUUCCCAAAUUUGUUUGUAUUCAUUCAUCUGGAUUUAUCAUUUAUAUAGUGAUUCUCAGGCGUUUAAAAUAGAGAAGAAAUUUCUCUCUGAUUUAUGGAUGCGAGGAACGAAAGCAGCGCCCAAUCUAGUACCUCUACCCCUUUUGUGGAAAGUGGUGAUGCCAUGAGGAGCGAUCGGUUGGUUCCCCCCCUUUUUUCCUCUGUACCAGCUCUUAAUGAAGCUGCUUCAUAUCUAGCAGAGACAACUUCUUUAUUUACUCGAUGCUUUUCUGAUUACUCAGGUAUGGACGUAAUCGUCAUCCUUUGGAUAUAGGUAGUUUUUGUGUCCUGUAAGAUUAUUUUAAUUGUAGCCAUAGUUCAUGUAUGUGUUAUUAGGGGCCUGUCUGAGAUUCUUACUAGUCGGAAGAAUUCACCAGUAAAAACACAAGUGUCAUAUGUUAUUUUUGUGUUUGGGAUCUGCUGUAGGAGCCAUAGGUGAAUGUAAUUUGUGGAUGGCAUCUUAAGGGUUGGAGUUAUUGGUUAUUUAAUGACUCAAUUACUCAGCCUUCUUGUUUAUUAAGAUGAUAUCUCUGGAAUUGAAUGUUUAUAUAGGUAUGUUGAGUUAGCAUGUCAGUAAUUAGUUUUUCAGUCUGGUGGUUUCACUUGGUUUUCCUCUAUUCUGCUUGAUAUUUGGCUAUUGACUGGUAACACUCAUCAUAUUUUUUGUCUCUCUUUGUUAUCUAUGGUGUAAAUAUGAAUUGAUGAGUGUAUGCUUUCUAUUUUUGUGGCACUGAACUUGAACUGCACUACGAGUUGUGGAAGUGAAUGAUAUGUAUAUAUUUUAACCAAUGUUGCAGUAGAACCUGUACCUGAUGACUCUGGUGGAAGAGAAAUGGUCUCAUUUGUGUCCUGCGAAACUGCUGGAUCUUCACUAACUACAAAUUCUUCUUCGCAUCGGAGUACUUCAUCAUUUGCAAAUUCCUCUAAUGGUGCUCGAUCUGCCCCAUUAGUUCAUGAGGAGAUAGCUAGGACAACAGUUGCUGCCUCAUCCCAAACAUCAACUGCACUGGUGAACUCCUCUCAAGUUAGUCAAAGUGGCAUACCAAUCUUCCAAGGUCUUAUCGAGCGAGUAAAGAAGACAGUUCGUGGUUCAGCAGAUGACAUAGGAUGGUUGCAGCGUGCCCCUGACUUGCCACCUGUAGAGGAUGGAACUGAAAGGUUUAUUGAAAUACUCGAUGAUAUCAGGCAUGGUUUGCGGUUUUUGCCCAAGUCGAUGGUCUACUUGUUGGUUCCAGGUCUUUUCAGCAAUCAUGGUCCACUCUAUUUUGUUAGUACCAAAACGCGUUUCUCGAAGAUGGGUCUCACUUGUCACAUUGCCAAAAUUCACAGCGAGGCUUCAGUUGAAACAAAUGCCAAAGAGUUAAAAGACUACAUUGAAGAAAUUUAUUGGGGAUCAAGGAAGCGUGUCCUGCUUCUUGGGCACAGUAAAGGUGGCGUAGAUGCGGCUGCUGCAUUGUCUAUGUAUUGGCCUGAUUUGAAAGAUAAGGUUGCAGGCUUGGCAUUAGCCCAGAGUCCUUAUGGUGGAAGUCCAAUUGCUUCUGAUAUACUACGUGAGGGACAGCUGGGUGAUUAUGUCAACAUCCGUAGGCUGAUGGAGAUCCUGAUCUGCAAAGUGAUUAAGGGUGACAUGCAAGCACUUGAAGAUUUGACUUAUGACAAGAGAAAGGAAUUCUUAAGGAAAUACCAUUUACCUAAAGAACUCCCUGUCGUAUCUUUCCAUACCGAGGCGAGCAUAUCACCUGCAGUUUUGGCAACUCUGUCUCGAGUUGCACAUGCAGAACUACCUACCUUUACACCUCUCUCUGCAGGAGAACGAGCAACCCUCCCAGUGGUAAUGCCUCUAGGCGCUGUAAUGGCUGCAAAUGCCCAACUACUACAGAUCAGAUAUGGCGAGAAGAGCGACGGACUGGUCACUUGUCGUGACGCCGAGGUCCCUGGUUCAGUUGUAGUACGUCCCAAACGGAAGCUAGACCAUGCAUGGAUGGUUUACUCAUCAUUGAAUGAUGAUCCAUCAGAAGCAGAUGCCUCCCAAGUUUGCGAAGCACUUUUGACAUUGCUCGUUGAAGUUGGGAUGAAGAAGAGACAAGAAUUUGCAAAGAAAGACGAAUAG